GGAAAACGCGAGGGGUAAACUCUCGCGAGAUGUGACGGUAGCCGUAUGGGAUUCGGCCCUCAGGAAGGUUGAACCCGUGGGGGUGCAAGUGGAUCUUCUGAAUAUGAGUGAUGACAAACCAUUUGUAUGCACUGCUCCCGGAUGUGGUCAGCGUUUCACCAAUGAAGACCAUUUGGCGGUCCACAAACACAAGCACGAGAUGACCCUGAAGUUCGGUCCAGCGCGAAACGACAGCGUCAUCGUUGCUGACCAAACGCCAACGCCUACGCGCUUUUUGAAGAACUGUGAAGAAGUGGGGCUCUUCAAUGAACUCGCCAGUCCGUUUGAGCAUGACUUCAAAAAAGCGACUGAAGAGGAUAUUAAAAAGCUGCCGUUAGAUUUGUCACCACUCGCCACGCCAACUGUAAGAAACAAAAUGGAAGAGCCUUCAAGCGUGGAGACCCACCGAGACAGCCCUCUGCCCCACCCUGAGUCCACCACAAGUGACGACAAGGAGAUAACCUUGCAGCCAAUCUCCCAGCCGCCAUCUACGGUCCUCCGUCCCGCAUCCCUCCAGGUUCCCAGUGUCCUCCUGGCUAGUUCGGACACGGGAGUGGUGGUUCAGUCGGCGCUGCCUUCACCCACAUCCAGCUCUGUCAUCACACAGGUCCCGGCCUCAAACAGGCCUGUGGUCCCUGUAUCGGGCACUUUCCCUGUACUCUUACAGCUCCCCAAUGGACAGACAAUGCCAGUUGCUAUCCCAGCAUCCAUUACAAACCCGAGCGUGCAUAUUCCCACUGCCAUCCCACUUGUCAGACCUGUCACCGUAGUGCCUGCCGUCCCAGGGAUCCCGGGGCCCUCCUCCCCACAGCCCGUCCAGUCGGAGGCUAAAAUGAGGCUGAAAGCGGCGCUGACCCAGCAGCACCCUCAGGUAACCAACGGAGAGGUGGGCGAUGCCCCAAGUGUCGCUGUGACCGAAGCCCCUCCCUCUGCCCCGCCCCCAGCCAAGCCCGAGGAGCCCUGCCCCCAGUCUCUCCAACAGCCCGCCACCUCCACCACAGAGACACCUGCCUCUCCGGCGCCCCCUGCCCAGCACGCGCCCAGCACCGGUGGCCGGCGACGCAGGGCUGUGAGCGAGGAUCCGGACGAGAAGCGCCGCAAAUUCCUGGAGCGUAACCGCGCGGCGGCUUCACGCUGCCGCCAGAAGAGGAAGGUGUGGGUCCAGUCCCUGGAGAAGAAGGCCGAGGACCUGAGCUCCAUGAAUGUGCAGCUGCAGAAUGAAGUGACCCUGCUGCGGAACGAGGUGGCUCAGCUCAAGCAGCUCCUCCUGGCUCAUAAAGACUGCCCUGUGACCAUCAUGCAGAAGAAGGCUGGUUACCACAAUGCGGAAAAGGAGGAUGGCUGCGAGGACAUGUCUGUGCCCAGCAGCCCCCACGGCGAGGCCAUCCAGCACAGCUCGGUCAGCACCUCCAACGGGGUCAGCUCGUCUUCCCUGACCCUGGCCGGGGCGGUUCCUGCCGCAGCGGUGGACCACAUCACGGAGGAGGCCCGGUCGCCGCUGGGGGCAAAGCUGGCUGCUCAAACCCAGUCCUCAGGGAGCUGAUGAGCUGCAGGUCCGCAGCCUGGCCGACAUCAAAAUGACAGAGCGAAGAAACCCAGAUCCCCUCCAGUUUGGGGAAUGCUGAAUUGUCUUAUUUUAUUUUUAUUAUUUUUAAUUGUUCUGUUUGUUUAUUAACACCAAAUGCAUCUCGUCUAAUGUGAAUGGAGAUGCUGAAGAAGGCACUUUUCAGGUGGUUUGAAACUCAGACUGACUGUACUUUUUUUUUUUUUUCUUUUUCAUCAUUACUGUAUUUAUUUGGGUAAUAUUUCCAUCUUUUGGUUUGGAAAUUUUUCGAACACUGUAAAGGGUUCUGUAUGAAGUCGAGCUGGAUUAAGCAGUGCAUAGUUAAUGAGACAUUCCUACCAAAGUGUGUCACGUGGCUCAGUCCUGUCAGUUCGUCUUAAGCACUAUAUGAGGGAGGACAACGUGGAAAGAAGAGGUCGCUUUUUCAUUUAUGCCAUUUUCUAUUUUGCACAUGUGAAGGAAAGAAGGGUUGUUGUGUGUUUUUUUUUUUUUUUUGUAUUGAUCAUUCACCUGUUAUGUACUGGCAGCUUUUAGAAAUAGAUUUGAAUACAUGUCUUGCUGCAAGUGGUUUUUAAUGUUUAAACCCAGCUGCGGUUGAAAUAGUAUUUUGUGUGUAAGAGUAAUUUGGCUACUUCUUUCAGUAGCACAGUGUGGUGGGAAUGUGAAGGAUUGCCUCCGUCCGUACAUUAGGCUGAAGGGGGUCUUCGUUAGAAACGUGUAUGUUGAAGAGCAACGCUUUGAUUACAUUCCAUGUGUAGUUUUGAUUGUUACUGAUACAGUGAUUGUAGGUUUACAGUGCUUAUUUUCCCAUCAAUCAAACAUCUCCUUGAUGUUGAUUCUAUGUGCCAUUAAUGUUUCUUACUGAUCUGCUAAAUUCUAUUUGUGUUAUAGCAAUUUAUGUGAAACAAUCAUAUGCGUGCCAGUCAUCCAGGUCUGCAGUUAGAUCUUCAAAUGUAGAAAUACUCUGUUUUUUUAAUUUAUUUCAAUUGACUGAAAAGAGGCUGUAAAAGCCACCUGAAAAUAUUUUCUCUCUCUGGUUAUAUUCAUCAAGUUAAAAUAAGGCAUUUUAGGAAACAUAAAUGGCAUCUUUACUGAUACAGUGUAUGUUAACUUUUGGGACAAUAUGUACAUUGUUUUUAUAGGGUAGUUUUACUGCUGUAGUAGAGUCUGAAUAAUAAGCUUUAUUCUUUUUAUUAACAAAAAUCAAAAUCUUAAAAAAAAAAAAAACAUGAAGGACAUGAAGAAACCAUAACCUAAGGCCUUCACGCCCCGAAACCCAGGGUUUAUUUUAAUUUUUUAAUAAUUUAGAAUAUGAACAUGUGGUUAGAAUUAUAUGCUACACUGCAAUUUUAAGAAGACUCUGCAUUUAUGUGUUACUGUAAGUCAUACUUCUAAAAAGGAUAAUAAUUAACUGUAUUGAAGAAAUCACAGCAUCGUUGCUUCUGAUAUCUUGCCUUUUCUCUUAAAUUGUAUUGGCUUUACUACUAUGUAGUUCCAUAAGGCAUUUCUGAGUCAUGUCACUUCCAAUAUUCUCUAUUGAAAACUCAUUCUCGUUUAACAGGUGAUUUGUACUGUCAAUAUUUUGUGCUACUUGCAUGAGUAAUUUCUCAGAGAAUUAAACCAAUAUUUAAACAAGUGUCUCGGUUGAAUAAGUACCAUCGAACAUACUGUGUCCCCUUGGGUUGUAGCCAGGUGAUCUUAAGUUCAUGACUGGUCCUGUAUAAUGUUUUUAUCAUUGUUUAAUUGCAUUAAAAGGGUGUGAUACUGUUGUGUUGGUGAAAGUUAUGUAUAAAGUACCAUAAAUUUAAAACAAAUGUUGUAAUAAAUCUUUUAAUAUUUCUU